UCUCGUUAACCAGCGUCUCCGACUUUGUCCACAACUGUAACCCAUUCGAAUGUCCUAUCAGUACUCCAACCCAUAUCGCGGAUAUUACGGUCAGUCCGAACCACCUCCCCAGCCGUAUGAGAAUCAUGUUCCCGUCAAAGAGCAGUUCAAGGUUCUUUUUACCGGCCUUCCCGCGGGGCUCACUUCUCAGGACCUCUACGAAGCAUUGACCAAGCCACCGCUGAGAUUACCCCGUACAACACGUGUAUUUAACAUGCAUCAACCUGACGGGCAUUUUCUGGGUAUCGCCGUAGUCAGCGUCGAUACGCAGGUUGACGCCGAGCGCCUGAGGGUAGAAUAUAACGGGAAAGUGAUCGAUCAUAAUUAUCGACUAUCUGUGCAUCACAUACUUCCUCUGGGCCACAAAUAUCCGUCGUUUAAUGCUGCUGGGAGCAGUUCUGCGAAUCCAUCUCAGGGCUUGCAACAUACUAGGCCUCGUGCUUCUUCCUCAGCCCGCAAAGCGAAUCGUGCUUUAACAGAAAACGCAGAGAUGCCUUCAAGCAAUGCAAAUCAAUCUGGGUCCAAAGGAAAGCAAAAAGCUCGCGUUUCGGUUCCAAAUAAAAAGGAGAACGGAAAGCCGUUGGGGCUAAAGUUAUUGGAUAGAAUAGGCAAAGCAAACAAGCCGUCAAAUCAGAUGGACCAAAUUGCCCUCCUUGAAAGACAAAGGGCCAACCUCCAGAAAUCUCAUCUAGGCGGGCCAGGCAAAGCGUUUGCCAUGCGCAUACAACCUCCCGUCCCUUCCAAGGAUACGACUAAAAAGCAUAGAAGAUCCAAGGCUGACAAGGCUGCUGCAAAGUCAAACCUCGGAGCUGCUUCUAAAGUGUCAAGAGCCAAAAAGAAGCUCAAUGAUAGCGCGAUGGAUGUGGACGAGGAUUUGACAUUUGAGAAUACGGCAAACCACGGACAAGGAUACUGGAGGAAAUAGACUGAGCCAGAAAAGGGGAGAUGCCGGGCGAAACAUGUUGUGAGAUCAGCUGUGUCAAAGUUCCCGACCUACUGAAGGGUGUGAGGUUUCGGACAAAUAGGCAGAUGCAUUUUGGGACUGACUGGUAUAUACUCAAUGGCCAUCAUGUGGUUGCCCGGUUGUUGUCGAGGCGAACAAACCUACAGCCGCGAACACGACACCACAAACUGUUACCACUAUAUACCCACUACACGUAUCUCGUAGUUACGUACGUACGACCGACUCAGGACGAAAGGACAGGAGGACUAGGAACGCGAAGAACGAGAUGUCGAUCUC